GUUUAUUCAGUCAGCAUUUUCAGUCAGUCCAAAACACACUCUGUCUGCACAAGACAUGUAAACAAUUCUAGCAACACAAUUCAUAAAGCAAUACAAAUACGCAUUUUAUUUUCAGCUAUGCUUUAAUGGGCACUCUAGCAACAAUUAGCGUAAACUGUUGUCUUGUUCUAUGGUCAGUUUUCUUCUUUAGGUUAAAUUAUGUCAUGGUGGCGCAACAAUUCUAACAAAAUCUGCAAGUUUUUUAACGUUAGUUUAACUGUCAACAUGUUUACCUGAAUAAUAACUUGUGUUAAGGAGUAAUUGACUAAAAGUAGCUAUGCUACUUAAUUAAAUAAAUUUUUCAGUAGUGUGUCAGUAGCCUUCUGUAACUUUUCCAGUAUCAAUCUACAUUUUCCAACGAGUCAUGCUGUAGUGUCACAAAACCGUAUGCAGAAAUGGAGCCAAGGGAGUAAUUAAACACACUAAACCAUCCUCUCUCUGUCAUGUAGCACUUGGAAAUCCUGAUCAUUGAAGUGAAUUAUUUUUUCAGACGGUUCAUGUAAAUUAACUAGUUCAUGAUUCACUGAUAAGCAUAUAAGCAGAUAACUGAUAAGCAGUUACAGAAAUACUCUAACCAGCCGGUAUGGUACCAAAAAUCAUGCCACGGUCAAAAUCAUUGAGAUCACAAUUUUUCACCAUUCUGAUGGUUGAUGUGAACAUUAACUGAAGCUCCUAACCCGUAUCUGCAUGAUUUUAUGUAUUGCACUGCAGCCACAUGAUCGAUUAGAUUAUCGCACAAAUAUAUAGGUGCACUGGUGUACCUAAUAAAGUGGAAACCAUAUUUUGUGUAUUGCUGCUGUUUAUCCCUAUUUUUAGAUUCAUUUAUAUAAAAUAGUGUUUCUAAUUUAUUAGUGUAUAUAUAUUAGUGAAUAUUGUUUUUGGAAUUUAUUUUUUAUUGAUUCUUAAGUUAACGCAAAGAAAAAAACUAAAUAUUUAAUGACUUUAAUCACUUUUAACAUUAAACCCCCACUAUAACCCCUCCUUCUACCAAUCUCCCACCCCACCCUGACCCCCCACGAACACCCCUGUGAUCAAUAGAAUAUAGACACACACAAAAGAAAUUCAAUAAUCAAGUAUAAUUAAAAACUAAACUCUAAAUUGCUCUCUCCACUGAUCUCUCUCUUGGUCUGAUCGACCCCUCCUCAAAAGCAGCUAUCCUCCCCAUCUCUGCACACCACUCUGACAUCCAUCCCCUUAAAAUAACCUGCCUACCAAUCAUUACACUGGUAAAAACUUUUUAAUGUACUUAUCCUCCAAAUUUAUGACCUCCCCAUCUCCCAAAAUACAGAGUCUGGGUAUGUGCUCAACACAUCACAUACAAAACUUUGCACCUUCAACAAAAUUUUUUUCGAUCUUUCAACACUCCCAAAAACAUGGGUUGUGUCUCCAUCUUCUGAAUGGCAUCGCCAGCAGGUGGGUGUGUCUUUAAGACCAAGCCUAUACAAUUUAGAAGGGGUCCAAUUAAAAUCUAUGUAAAAUCUUAAACUGCAUAAGGCGCACCCUUGCAUCUCUAGAUGCAGACUUUUUAGAAUCCUUGCCCAUACUCCCUCCUCCAAUAACAUGUUUAAAUCUUCCUCCCAUAAUCUUUUGAGAGAAUUUAAAGCUCCAUCCCCCAGACUCUAAAUUAGCAGGGAGCACUGAUGCCUCAUUAGCUUUCCCAAAAGCAGUAAUCACCACUCCCAGAGUAUCUGCCGCUUUAGGGGUGUGUGUCCAACUCCCAAAAACAGUGCAUAGCAGGUGGCACAGCUGUAAUUACCUAUAUAAUUGAGAUCUGGGAAUUCCAAAAUGUUUAAUAACAUUUUUAUUAAACAUUUUGGUCACCAGGUCUGCAUGUAUAAGAGAUGUCAUAACUUUAUAUGAGAUGCCAAAAUUUUUGACAAUAUUUUAAUGUCUAGCUGGAUCAGGGAAAUUGGACGGUAACUCUUACAAUCUUUGUCUUUUUUAAGAAACGGACUGAUUCGGGCUUAUGUCAUGGUUUGCAGAAGCGUUCCAUUCUUUAAUGAUUCUGUAUAAAUUUCGAACAAAAGUGGAGCUAGUUCUGUAGCAUAAGAUCUAAAAAACUCUGCGGCAAAGCCAUCUGGCCCUGGAGCCUUGCCUGUAGGCAGGCCCUUCAUUUCCUCGUCAAGCUCCUCCAAGGUUAUCUCAGAGUCAAGAGCAUUUUUUUACUCCGUCGUCAAUUUAGAGAGUUCUAAUGGUUCCUCAAACUUUUUAAUAUCUUCAACAGUAGACAAAGACGUGGAACUAUAGAGAUCAAGAUAGAAUUCUUUAAAAGCAUUAUUAAUAUCAAUGGCUGAGGUAAGUAUUUCACCACCAGCCGAUUUCACUGAGGGAAUGGUAGAAAAAGACUCUGUUUUAUAUAUCCAGCCAAAAUUCCCUGCUUUUUCCCCCUUCUCAAAGUAUGACUGUCUUGCCCUGAAAAGCCAAAACUCCACCUUCCGCGACAAAGUAGUAUUAUAUCUGUAUUUCAAUCGGGUCAAUUCUCUGAGGCCUUUGGAUGACAUUCGGCACUUUAACUCCAAUUGAGCAAUCCACAACAGAUGAAUUGUGGAACUUAUAUAAAAAAAAUAUAUAUUGAAUUAAUCUUAUGGACCUUGGAUUGUAGAGGAACAAUGCGGGUUCCGUCCUUCUUUACUCCUUCCUUCCUAUCUUUACUCCCGCAAGGAUCCUGGAGGGGGCCUGGGAGUAUGCCCAUCCAGUCUAGAUGUGUUUUGUGGAUCUGGAGAAGGCGUAUGACCAGGUCCCCCGGGAGAGACUGUGGGAGGUGCUGCUGGAGUACGGUGUGGGGGGGGUCCCUUCUUAGGGGGUGAUCCAAUCCCUGUACGUCCAAAGCGGGAGCUGUGUCCGGGUCCUCGGCACGAAGUUGAGUUCGUUCCAUGUGGGGGUUGGUCUUCACCAAGGCUGCGCUUUGUCACCAAUCCUGUUUGUGAUAUUCAUGGACAGGAUAUCAAGGCGUAGUUAGGGUGGGGAAGGUGUGCUGUUCGGUGGGCUGGGGAUCUCAAUGCUGCUUUUUGCAGAUGAUGUAGUCUUCAUGUCAUCAUCGGUCCGUGACCUUCAGCUCUCACUGGAUCACUUGGCAAUCGAGUGUGAAGCGGCUGGGAUGAGGAUUAGCACCUCUAAAUCUGAGGCCAUGGUUCUCAGCAGGAAACCGAUGGAGUGCAUACUCCGGGUAGGGAAGGAGGUAUUGCCCCAAGUGAAGGAGUCUUCCUUCACUUGGGGCAAUACUUUGUUUGAAAUGUGUACCUCGGGGUCUUGUUCACGAGUGAGGGGACAAUGGAGCGGGAGGUUGGCCGGAGAAUCGGGGCAGCGGGGGCGGUAUUGCAGUCGCUCUAUCGCACCAUUGUCGCGAAAAGAGAGCUGAGCCGGAAGGCAAAGCUCUCAAUCUACCGGUCAAUUUUGCUGGGGCUGGGUCAUGACCGAAAGAACUAGGUCGCAAAUACAAGCGGCCGAAAUGGGCUUCCUCAGAAGGGUGGCGGGCUUCUCCCUUAGAGAUAGGGUGAGGAGCUCAGUCAUCUGUGAGGAGCUCGGAGUAGAGCCGCUGCUCCUUUGCGUCGAAAGGAGUCAGUUGAGGUGGUUUGGGCAUCUGGUAAGGAUGCCCCCUGGCCGCCUCCCUAGGGAGGUGUUUCAGGCACGUCCAGCUGGGAGGAGGCCUCGGGGAAGACCCAGGACUAGGUGGAGAGAUUACAUCUCCACACUGGCCUGAGAACGCCUCUGGGUCCCCAGUCAGAGCUGGUUAAUGUGGCUCGGGAUAGGGAAGUUUGGGGCCCCCUGCUGGAGCUGCUGCCCCCGUGACCCAACUUCGGAUAAGCGGUUGAAGAUGGAUGGAUAAUCUUAUGGACUGAUGAACAUUUUUUUUGUCCCUACCAGAUGGCCUCCUCCCAAUAUUAUAUCAUGACGGGUGACAGCGGCUUACAACAUCCCUUCAAGAUUUAUAAAAAAAGGCCUGAUCAUCAGCAUUAGGUGCGUAAUUAAUAGCCAAAAUCAUCCUUUGCCCCUGAAUUUCUGCUAAAAUAAUAAUGACUCUUCCUUAUUUAUCUUUAAUCUGUUUGAUACAUUUGAAUUGUAGAUGUUUAUCAAUAUAAUGACCCAUCUGCUGUUAAUUGAACCAACACUAAAGAAAACAUGUCCUCCCCAUAUCUUCCCAAAAUGUCACCUUCCUGCAGGGAAAGAUGCGUUUCUUGAAGAAACACGAUUUCAUAUUUCUUACGCUUAAAAAAAGAGAUAACCUUCCUUCUUUUUAUAGGGUGCCCAAACCCAUUCACAUUCCACGUGGAGAGAGAUAAUCCACUCAUAUUAACAUUUGACAUUUUGACAUAUUAAAAAAUAUAGAUUGUGUGUCAAAAACAAGAUUAUAAAGACCACAUUCCCCAUUAGUGCAACAAUCAAACCCUCAACUUUCCUCAGAACCAAACAAAAAGAAAAAUGUGUGCAUUAGUCUGUAUACUCCAAGAUGGUGGCAGUACGUACGACAGGUGCUGCUUGCCCUUGAACAAAAUCUGAGAUUUGUAUUAAUAAAGAAGCUUAUGGUAAAGUGAUAGUGCAGGACAAGCUUUUGAACUUUAUUGCCAUCAAAAUGAGAACACUGUCCCAUGAUGAAAUUUUGUUAGCCUCAAACAAUUUCUCAUCUGAGUGGAUGUAGAGUCCAAGCGAAUGUUGUUUGAAAUGUGCACGACUGCAUAAAGGCUCUCAGAAGGACAUUGACAACAUCAAGGACUGUCUGAAGGUGCUUAAUGACUGCUGUGAAAAUAUUCCCAGGUUUGUAUCGCACUACCUGGAUGAACUUCCACCUGUCGGAUUUGGCAACGUAGACUACAACAUGGCAACGGUUGCUACUCGGCAGAGUGGAACAGCUGAGCUGGGAAGUUUCUAGUUUGAGAGAGGCCCUGGAAGCUCAGGCAAGCGUGAAUGAGAACUUGGGGGUGGCUACAGCAGUCAUGGAUCGCCGGGUAACUGCUAUUGAGAAGCUCUGCGGAUCCCCUGUCCGGGCACAUGGGGCUUGUGCUGCUUCAACGUCUCAGGAGAGAGAGUUGUAGGAUCCGGCGGCGCCUGCUUGCCAGUCACGGGGCUCUGAGCUAGGGCUGCACAAUUAAUCAAAUUUCUAAUCGCGAUCACGAUUAUGGAUGCCACGAUUACGUAAUCGUCCAAAGCCACGAUUACAAGAAGAAAAAAAAAAUCUGCGUGCUUAAGGGGCGUGUUUAGAUCGUGUCACGUUGUGACAGACAGGCAAAUCAACACUUUUAAUACUAGUCUGUAGGCGUGUCCUUACACUAUCACAUCUGUAUCUCCAUGAACAUGUCUGCAGAUAAAGAAACAUCUGAUUCCGAUAACUUACAAAGUGUUGCUCAGAAUCCCCCACUUGAACCGAAAAGAAAAGCUACAUCUGUGGUCUGGAAUUAUUUCGGAUUCACUAGAGAUGACGUCAAGCAGCGUGUUAUACUAUGUAAGUUGUGUCGAACAACUGUUUCUGCUCCAUCAAGCAACACCACAAAUUUAUUCAACCAUUUAAAAUUCAAACACAGAGUGCAAUAUGAGGAGUGUGUCAGCGUAAAAAAAAAAAGCACCAAGUGACGCGAGAACUGCAACACAGACACCCAUAACGAAAUCGAUGUUUUGUUCUUCUCCGUACCCGGCAGGUUCCCAAAAGCAGAUCGAGGUAACUGAAGCGAUCGCGCAUUUUAUAGCAAAAGACAUGGUACCAAUUAAUACAGUUUGCAGCGCGGGGUUCAAAAAACUCAUAAGCACACUGGACAAGAGAUAUGUCAUCCCCUCCCGCAAUUAUUUUUCUCAAGUUGCGCUACCUUCACUUUAUGCAAAAUGCCGCGAAAGCAUUGAAUCAGAUCUGCAGAAAAUUGAGUUCUAUUCUACCACGACUGAUUUAUGGUCAAGUAGAACUAUGGAACCAUAUAUGAGCUUAACAGUUCAUUACAUUGACGACGAGUUUCAACUCAAAAGCAGAUGCUUGCAAACGUCCUAUUUUCCGCAAGAUCAUACCGGGAUGCGAUUUCUCAAGGUUUGAAAGAGAUGUUGGAUGCCUGGAAUUUAAAGGAGGAGCAACAAGUCUGUGUCACAACAGACAACGCAGCAAAUAUAGUGAAAGCUGUUGCUAUAAAUAAGUGGAGCAGACUUCAGUGUUUUGGACACAGGCUGCACCUAGCAAUUGAACAUUCUUUGAAAGAUGGACGGAUUGACCGUGCAUUAAAUGUCUGCAAAAAGGUGGUAGGGUGCUUCUCCUACAGCUGGAGACGAAGGAGGGAGUUGUCCGAGGCCCAGAAAGAGCUCAAGUUACCUCAACACAAGCUCAAGACUGAGUGUCCGACAAGAUGGGGCUCAAAACAAGCAAUGAUUGCCAGGGUAUUGGAACAACAGAGUGCCAUUUCUUUUGUUCUCUCUGCGGACAGAACAGCUAGACACCUUGUCCCCACAUGGCAGGAUGUAGAAGUCCUUGAGGCGGUCAACAACUCCCUUUCUCCACUUGCUGAAUUCACUGAUGCUCUUUCAGGAGAGCAAUAUGUAAGUGUGUCAUAUGUGAAGCCUGUUCUUCAUUUGUUCAACAACAAAUUCUUGGCAGAGAAAGUCGGAGAAACAGAACUGUCAAAAUGCAUCAAGAAAAAUAUCCUGGACUACCUGAAUGAGAAAUUCGAUGAUCCACUGACUCAAGAGUUGCUUGACAUGGCUUCUGCAGUUGAUCCCAGAUUCAAGCUCAAGUACGUCAAUGAAAACGGAGUUGAAGCUGUCAAGAUUCGUUUGAGAACUGAAAUGGCAUCAGUAUCUACAGUAAAGAGUGGAAGCAGAUGACCAAAAUGCACCAGCACUAAAGAAGACCAAACUCUGGGCAGCUUCUUUAAAGUGGAUGAGGACCAGAGGCCAGCAUCGCCAUCUCUCUCCAAUGUCCAAGACAUGACCAUUACUGCUGAGCUACAGUCUUAUUUUCUCUCUGCUGCUGUUGAUAGUGAGAAGGAUCCGUUGGUCUGGUGGAAGGAACAUGCAAAACAAUUCCCAGCACUAUCCAAGUUGGCACAAAAGUAUUUGUGCAUUCCUGCCACAAGCUCUCCCUCGGAAAGAGUAUUCAGCACUGGAGGAAACAUUGUGAAUUGUUUGCGUGCAUCCCUAAAACCUGAAAGUGUGGACAGGCUUGUGUUCCUUGCCAAAAAUCUUUAAAAUUCUAACUUAAUGUUGUUCAUUCCUGAAAACUCUAAGUAUUUUUAUGGCUUGUGUUCUAGGCCAAAAUACUUAAGGCAAUCUCAGUUUUUUCUUUCUACAGGUUAUCUUGAGUUUUUCCAUUGUUUUAAUUU